AGGCAUUUCUAUAAACCCAUCCCCUUACUGUUCAUUGCACUGAGAAGAAAAACAGAAAGAUGAGAUUUCCCAAUGAAAGCAAAACAAGAGGCAGAAAUAUAAUCUCAUCUUUUCUCAGGAAGCAGGCAAAUCUCCUGCACUAUCCACUAGUCCUGGAAUUAAUCAGCUUCUGAAUAAUACAUUUGGACUGCUUGGUGAGAUGAUUCUGAGUUAGAAAGUCCCUAAGAAGACUCUCUGCAAGUGGAUGAAGGAAAGAAAAGAAGAUAUGGGGCACGCUAUACAACAGUUCAAGGCUCUGUUUUGGAAAAAUUGGCUCUGCCGUGUGAGGCAACCGGUCUUCUCUCUCACUGAAAUACUGUGGCCAUGUGUACUUUUCUUGAUUCUAGCUGCCAUUCGCUUCCAGGAGCCCCCAAAAUACAAGGAAAACUGUUACUUAGAAGCUCGUGAUUUACCAAGUCGGGGCCUUUAUCCUUUCAUGCGGACCGUUUUCUGUAACAUUGGUUCAAGAUGCAGGAAUGCCAGUUCCACAGCACAGAGACACAGCCGCUUUAGAGAGAUGGGGUGUCAUGGGAACAGUAAUACCAAUUAUCUUCCCUUCAAGAAUUUAUAUCAAGCCAUAAGUCUGAUAAAGGAACAGUUUUUUGUCAAUAAUAUUGCGUUUAUUAAAAAGAUAAAAGAACUUGCAAAGGAAUUCAUUGAUACUACAGAGAAAGCCAUGGCCUUAGAAAAGCUAUGGGAAGAAAACUCAAGGCUCUCAGUUUUGGGGUUUUUUUUCCACCUAAAGAUGGAUUUGAACGAAGCAGAGAAAAUUAUUUCUAGAGCAGAAAAUCUGUACAAGCAACCAUAUUUCUGGAACUUUCUUCAUUCACUCCCUCAUCUUCAGCUGAACAGCUUUUAUACAGAAGAUGAGUUAGCUACCAUAACACAGUUUCUAGAAGCUAUUCAAAACUUGACUUUUGUUUUAUUUUCCACUUUCAGUACCUUAGCAUCACUGAAGGAUUUAACUAUGAUGCCAUUGGGCCAAAGUUUCUAUGAAGUGGUGAAAAUGGCGCUGAAUUUGACUGCUGCAUCACUACAGGAUAGGAGCCUAGAAGGUAAGAAAUUUGCUUCAGAUUUUCUUUCUUUUCAAUACAAUCUUUCUUUCGGGGAUGUUUUGUGGAAUCCGCUUGCUGUGAAAGCAGAACUUGAAUCCAGGUUUGGUUUUGAUGGCCCUCGUGUUGAGAAGCUGUUAAGUUAUACAGCACAAUUAACAGAGAUUCCCACAGGAGAGACACUGGAGCAGUUUGUGUGCUCUGCUCUGGCUGUUGUCCCAGAAGAUGAAGCAAACAAAGAGAAUAAUGGAGAGGGCUGUAACUCUACACAGCAUGAGGCCAAACUGUAUCUUGUUCAUGCUGUCAGCAAGUUCAAACUCUAUGCAUGGCCUCUUCAGAGCAUCUGGACAAAAAAGAAGACAGAACUUUUCUGGCAUAUAGUGGAAAUUGUAUUCCAUGAACUAGAUUCUAGGCUUUCUCUCUUGAGUCAAGUAGGAGAGGAAGAGGUAAUUGAGACCUUAUCUAGAAUUUUAUCUUCUACUACAGAAAAUAAAAUCUAUAAUAGAAUUAUAGUGCUGCUCAAAAAGAUCCUGACUGAUUGGCCAGAGUUAAAUAUUACUGCUUUGGACCAUUUAAAACAAUUCAGUGGAAACUUCCAAAGAAAUCUCUAUGAACUUGAAUCAUUGUCUGGUGAUCAUGUCAAUGUCUCAUUUAGCACAAUUCCUGGAGUGAGUAAUAAUGCAUUUUUUAUAUAUAAGGUACAAGAAUUAGAAGAAAUUGUGCAUGAUUUUCUCAGAAAUAUCAAAAAAUUAAACAGUACUAUUGUGGCCUCACUUGUUCCAAAAAUUCUCUCUCUCUAUCAGAAUGAUGAUAUGGUUUUAAAUAUUAAGAGCAAUAACACUCUGUUAAAACUUCUUUAUGAGGCUUCAAAAAGUAUGUCAUCUUCUCAAGUAUGGCAUGAUUUGCAAAAUAAGGAACUAGUUUUUGAUUUUCUGUUUGAAACUUUUGAUCUUCUCUGGAACCUCACCAAUAAGUCUCUCUGUGAAAAAUUACUAUUAAUUUACAACUACACAGUGUUUCAGGCACAGCUUCUUGCACAGAAUGGAAAAAAAGAUAUACAAGUCAUUUAUGACACUCUGAGCAGCCUUAAAACUUUAUUUAUAGAUGAAGAGUUCCAAAGCACUCUCUUAUGUUAUUUGGAAGAGCUUCUUGACCUGUCUUCAGGAUGCCUGGUAACUAAUGGAUGCACUGAUUUCUAUCUAGCAAACACGAGUUCAGUAGAACAUUCAGCAGAGGUUUAUAACUUACUUCUGCUUCCAUUGGACAGUGUCCUGUCUGAUGUAACAGACUGGGGAGAUAAGGUAGCUGUGCCUUCUGCUUUGCACUGCACUUUUACAUGGCUUCAGGCAUGGACAGAGAUUUUUGAAGAGGCAUCGGAAAUCUUGAAUUUGAAUUCAACCUAUUUUGUCUGCCUAAGAGAUGAUUUGGCAUAUUUCUCUGAAAACUUUUUAAAUGUAACUCAAGAUGAACUGUGCAAUAAUACAGCUAUGGCUAUUGUUGAAGCUACAGGAGCAGCAAUGAAGCUUUUAAAAUCUGUAUUUCAGGAAACUGGUCAGGAAACUGGCAAUUUAAAUGACUUGAAAGAUUUUGAGGCUUUCCUUGUUAAUCUUCAAAGGGUAAUUAACAAUGCAUUUGAAGUCACAAACUUGCUUAAAGAUAGCAGUUUAGAAAGUGUAUUAGAGACAAUGGGAGCUGUGAUAACUAAAAUGCGGAAAUCUAUACUGAAGAUUGCUAAUGAAGAGUUUUUGAAUUCUUGGCUUGAUGCUUUCAUCUCAGGAGGAUAUGAGGGAGAAGAUAAGCGUGCUGGUGUAUUUUCCAUUGAAAAUUCCCUUUCUACUAUUCUUAAGCUCUCACAAGAGGAGCUUGAAAUUAUUCUCAUGGAGAUAAAUGACACAUCUGCUUUUUUAAAAAGUUUACCUCGAGACAAAUAUAUGGUUUGUAUCAGCAUUUUCCAGAAUAUUACCAAACUAAUUUUGGGAGAUGAAACGGAUUUUCUAAAGCAUAUAGUUGCCUUGGUGCAAAACAUGAGAAACAUGGAUGUUGAGUUUUUGAUAAGUAGAUUCAAACAGAUCCAGGAGAACCUAGAAAAUUUCUUUAAAAAUAUUCGACCUUUUAACCUUGGGAACUCUGAGCUAGGUACCUUAAGAGACUGGUGGGAUGCAUUUGAGAACAUAUCAUGUUACUGGAACCUGACUGGUGUACGCCAAAUAACACAGCUUUUUGAACAAGAUGAGUUCUACAAUACAGAAGAUGUGUUCAAUCUCCUCUUUGAUGUCAUCAGCCUUACAGAAAGAUUGGCUCAUGAAAACAUUACAGAAGCACUAACUGAAAUAUAUGCUUUCAUACUGACUCAGGAAGAAAAAAUGCCAAUGUUUACUGACGAGGAGAUCUCUAACCAAAUUGAAGAUCUUCUAAUGUUGCUGGAGGCAUUGGCAGACAUCUCUGAUGAGCCUGGAGAGGCCUCUGUUUGUUUUUCUGCAGCGUUCUGCUGGACUUUCACCACAGCAACACCUCAGAGUGAUCCCACUGUUAAACCUUGUGACUUGGUGCACACCAAUUCUACUUUUCAUUACAAUGCAGUCAUUGAAAUCAUUAAGGAGCUUAAACUCAUCACUCUGGAUGACAGUUUUGCUUGUUCUGUGGAAGACAUUCAGAUGGAUAUCACUCGCAAUCUGACUUGCUUUUUUAAUCAGAUUAAAGAAUGGCACUCUAUAUUUUUGAAGUUUUCUGAGCUCCAUCAUAUAAAUAGCUCAGUUCUCAAAGAACUGCUAGAUUUUUGGAAUGAGCUAUCCCUUUAUGCUGUGCCACUGCAGGUGAAUAAUACAUAUGCAAUCAAUUGUUCCUUCACAUCAAAGAGCCAAAUGGCUUUACAAAUCAUAGAAACUCUGGGCAGCGUUUCAGUGUCAGAAAUGGAGAUGGCCAAAAGUCUUCUUGAACAGUUGAAUAAUCUUUAUGGUGGCCUAAGUUGGAACAGUGAGUCAAGAACAUCACUUGAGAGUAUUCUUACUAAUGUUAAGAAUGUGACCAUUGAAGUUUCCAGACUCCUGAAUACUGAAGCUGUCCUUUCUUUUCUUUCUGUAAUUCAGCCUUUAAUGACACUGUCAUCUGUUGGAAACCAGACACACGCAAUGCUUAUGACAUUAUCAGCUUUAAGUGGGAACAUCAAUGUGUCUGACAACUUUAAGAUCUUCUUGUUUCCUGUAGUUACAGGCAUAGAAAAUUUAUUGGUGAAUUUUAGUGUUAGACACUUCCUUGUGGUGGUAGAUCAAGUGUUUCAAUUACUGAAGUUGGCCACUGGACAGUCCUCUUCAAUGGCGUCUGAUGUUUUACUAGAGCAGAAUAAGACAUCAUCUGAAGAUGCUAUAUCAAGAAAUUUUGAAGAUAUACAAGACAUUGUGAAGAUCAUUCUAUGUAACUGUAAUGAUAAAAAUUAUUCUAAACUAAUGCAUGCCCUAAUUCUCCUUAUGACUAAUGAAAGUUCAUCAAAUGACCUACUGCUGGCUGUCAAAGAUAUUAUUGCCUUUCUGGAGCUAUUCCAAAAUAAGUCUAAGAAGGACCAUACUGGUAUGUCAUUUCGUGACAGUCAUUUUAGCAGAGAGAAAUUGAAUAAUACUCACCCUGGUUUUUCAGUUUUACUAAACAGCCUCCUUCAUAUGGUUGCUGAUCUUGAUGUUGUAGAAGAAGCUUUGCAUAUAAACAGUACUGAGCUUCAUAAAGUUGACUUUAUUGAUUCAUUUUUUUAUAAUGCACCGUAUAGAGACACUUCUAGUCAGUCGCAAAGCAGAACUCUGGAGAUCAUGCAAGAGAUUUUGCAAAUAAUAUUUCAGUCUACUGCAGAACAUGACAUGAAUAAAACAAAACCUUUACUAAUGAAUUUGCAUAAGAAUGUAAUGGCAGAAUUGAGACCCACUGCAGACAGCAGAAAGGAGGCUUUUUCCAAGGAUAUGGUGGCUGCAAGCUUGGAUGUGAAAGUCAAAGAUUUUGUGCAGAAUAUUACUAAAUUGAGGCUGGACAUUGGUUCUUCUGUCAAUAUUUCUGAAGAAACUGUCAAUACCCUCUUGGAAACCAGUGUCUCUCAUUCAGAGGUUCUUUACAGUGCCUUUGUGGUAGCUUUAACUGGAAGAUGUGAUGAAGAAGUACUUAGCCUGCUGCUAAAGCUCCCUGAAAACAAUAGAACUUCCCUGGUAGUGGAAGAAUUAUGCUCUUUACCAGCACUGGACUUGUAUACCAUGUUUGUAUUGAUUAUACAAAAUUUGAAUGUACGUCACAUCAUUUACAAGGUCCAGAUACCACCUGAGAUAGGCAAUGUAUUAAAUAUACUACUGGAUGUGGUUUCUAGUAUCAGUUCACUUCUCAAUAAAGUCCACCAUGUCAUGGAAAAGCUUCCAGUAUUCCUCCAAGGAAUUGAAAAUAUUGGUGUGUUUGAUGUCUCUGCAUUGCAGCAGUUUUUGCAAGGUGGACAGUUCAGAAGUUCAGCUGUUGGAUCCCUGGAGUCUGUAAUCAAGGCAGUAUGUAAAGAAGAAUCUUCAUUUUUCAGCAAUGCAAACCUGUUCAUAGACAUGCCCAGAAUCAUGGGACUUUUGGAGGAAAAUAUGGCAAAAUAUGGCAUUCCUGAAGAUUCGACUCCUUUUUGCUUGAAGCUUUAUCAAGAGAUUUUGCAAGCUCCUAAUGGGGCAUUGCUAUGGACUUUCCUGAAACCUUUAUUACAUGGGAAGAUCCUGUACAAUUCAAACAUCAGCAUGAUUGACCUGGUGAUGGAGAAAGCUAAUUUCACUUUUGGUUUGGUGGAAAACUUGAAGAGUUAUUCUGAGACAUGGCUUAGGAUGUCUGAGAUUUUCAAGACCAGUGGAAAUGUUCUCACUGUCUCACGACUACAGGAAGCCCUGCAAAACAAUUUCGUAAAGCAUUUCAUAGAAAGUAAUUUGGAUAUCAACACGGAAAAACUCCUCAAAAAAAUGCAAGCAUAUGGUGCCUUGUUGAACAAGAUGCUUAACAGCUCAGCAAGUAAACAGAUUGACCUGUUGACACAGCUUGUUGUAAAUAUCUCUUCCUGUGUGUUACUGGACCGUUUCCAGCCUUUUGACUCUAUAGAGAAAUUAGAGGAGAAGGCUCAUGAACUCAUGCAGCAAAAUAAUCUUUUGGCUAGUAUCAUCUUCAGUACACCAGAGGACAAGAAGCAAGAUUCUUUCAAUCUCCUUCCAAGACACAUUUCAUAUACAAUUAGAACCAGUGUUCUCUACAGCAUGAGAACAGAUUUGCUUAAAAAUCCAACAUGGAAAUCCCAUCCCCACAAGUUGCCAGCUGAUGGGUUUAAAUACAACCAUGUAUUUAUUCCUCUUCAAGACAUGAUUGAAAGGGCAAUUAUUUCAGCACAGACUGGGACAGACACCUCAGAGACAGCAAUUCAGGUGCAAGCCAUGCCUUACCCUUGCCAUACCAGUGACCUAUUCUUGAAUAACAUAGGGUUUUUUUUCCCACUUAUGAUGAUGUUAACAUGGAUGGUUUCAGUUGCUGGUAUGGUUCGUAAGCUGGUUUAUGAAAGAGAAAUUAAUCUUGAAGAGUAUAUGAGGACAAUGGGUGUGUAUCCAGCCAUUCAUUUCUUUGCUUGGUUUUUGGAGAAUGUCAUUGUGCUCACAGUAAGCAGCUGUGCUCUGGCCACCAUUUUAAAAGCAAGUGGUAUCUUUGCUUAUAGCAAUGGCUUCCUUGUCUUCCUUUUUCUCCUGGAAUUUGGAGUUACAGUCAUUAUGUUAAGCUAUUUUUUGGGAGCAUUUUUCAGCAGUGCCGAUACAGCAGCUCUGUGUGCCAGCCUUGUCUAUAUGAUCAGCUUUUUACCCUACAUAGUUUUGUUGGUAUUGCAGAACCAGUUGAGUUUCACCAACCAGAUUAUAAUGUGUCUUCUUUCUACAACUGCCUUUGGGCAAGGAAUAUUUUUCAUUACAUAUUUUGAGAGCCAAGAAAUAGGAAUUCAGUGGGAUAAUGUGCACCAGUCAACAGCACAAGGAGGAUACAUGACCUUUGGAUGGAUGUGCUGGAUGAUGUUCUUUGACUCCAUUUUAUAUUUUGUAGGUGGCUGGUAUUUCAGCAAUAUUAUUCCUGGAAAAUUUGGAUUGAAGAACCGAUGGUAUUUUCCCUUUACUGUUUCCUACUGGAAGAGCCUGUGUGGUACAGAGAGAAACAAGAGACAUUAUCUGAAUUCUAGUAUGUUUUUCUUCAAUAAAAACUUCCAAGAAAAAGACACAUCACCUCAGAGCUGGAAAGUCCCUUGCACUGAAGGAGCCACCGUUGGUGUUGUGCUGCUGUCCCUCACCAAAGAGCACGUGGAUGGUCAGAAGGCCGCUGUUAAAGAUCUCAACCUCACUUUCCAUAAGGGCCAGAUAACAGCGCUCUUGGGACCUAAUGGAGCUGGAAAGACAACAGUUAUAUCCCUGUUGACUGGUCUGUAUCCACCGAGCUCUGGUACCAUUAUUGUUGAUGGGAAGGACAUACGGACUGAGCUGGCUGCCAUCAGGACAGAGCUGGGUGUUUGUCCCCAGUACGAUGUCCUGCUCAGCAUGCUGACAGUGCGAGAGCAUCUCCUGCUUUACGGGUCAGUGAAGGCACCAGGUUGGACAAAAGAACAGUUGAAUGAGCGAGUCAGUAGAGCUCUGGAAGAUGUGCAUUUAUCCCAACAUCAGUACAAACCUGUUGGAGCCCUUUCUGGAGGAAUGAAAAGGAGUCUGUCAAUUGCCAUCUCCUUUAUUGGAAACUCAAAGACAGUUGUUCUGGAUGAGCCUACAAGUGGAGUAGAUCCAUGUUCUCGCCGUAGUAUCUGGGAUGUUCUUCUGAAGUACAAAGCUGGUUGCACACUGAUCUUUACCACUCACCAUCUUGACGAGGCCGAGGUGCUCAGUGAUCGCAUUGCCAUCCUGCAGCGUGGCCAGCUGAGGUGCUGUGGUUCUCCCUCUUACCUGAGGGAGACAUAUGGCCAAGGACACAGUCUAACACUCAUAAAAAAGCCCUCUGUGAUUGAAAUCCAGGACCCUAAGCACAUUGUUCAGGUCACUUCUCUGGUACAGACCCACAUUCCAGAAGCCUUCUUGAAAGAUAAUAGUGGGACUGAGCUGACCUAUGUGAUCCCAGAAAGGGCAGAUAAGACCUCUUUUAAAGGUCUUUUCCAAGCUUUAGACCAAAGCCUUCAGCAUCUACAUGUGAUUGGCUAUGGCAUUUCUGACACAACUUUGGAAGAGGUUUUUCUGAAGCUGCUGGAGGACUCAGAGAAGAUGCCCUCUCAUAUUUUGGUUAAUAAAUUUACAAAAUCAGAAUCACAGAAUCAUUUAGAAAGGAAAACAGGUUACUUAGUGCCAUAUAUUUCACUUGUGGGAGCCUCGAGUGUGCGUGGAGCCCACCUUGUUCUCACACAGAUUGUUGCCCUUCUGAUGAAGAGGUUUCACCAUACAAGGCGAGACUGGAGAGGAAGCCUGUCAAAUGUGCUGCUGCCCAUCCUCUUUGUUGCACUGGCAAUGGCCUUGUUUAGUGUGAAGCCACUGGCGAUUGAUUAUCCUUCUCUCAAGCUGACACCAAGACUUUACGACAACACAGAGUCCUUCUUUAGAAAAAAUAAUUCAUGCUGGCAGACAGAAUCUAUGUCACCUCAGGAUUCAUGUAAAUGUAUGUCUGAACAGGAGAUGUGCCCAACUUUCAAUACCUCUGCUCCCUAUGUGAAGAAUAAGAAAGGACAUAUUUUGUAUAAUCUUUCAGGGUUCCCUGUGGAAGAGUAUUUAGUGAGGUCUUCCAACAAAACAAGAUAUGGUGGUUGGUCUUUUGGAGGGACAAAAACAUUUGCACUUCAGGAUAAAAAAUUGAAUAACAGCAAAUAUCAGCCUCAGGCUAAGGUGUGGUAUAACCAAAAAGGUUUCCAUUCGCUGCCAUCCUACUUAAAUGAACUCAAUAACUUCAUUCUGUGGCUGAAUUUACCUUCUAAUGUGGAUUGGAGACAGUAUGGGAUAACACUCUACAGCCAACCAUAUGGAGGAGCCUUGUUGGAUGAGGACAAAAUAAUGGAGAAUGUUCGUCAGUGUGGGGUAGCACUGUGUAUCAUGCUGGGUUUCUCUAUCCUUACUGCAUCCAUUGGAACUGCCAUAGUGAAAGACAGAGUAUCUGGGACAAAGCGCUUGCAACACAUCACAGGCCUGGGUUACAAAACUUACUGGCUUGCCAACUUCUGCUGUGAUAUGCUGUUUUACAUGGUUCCAGUCACCCUGUGUGUUGGUGUUAUUAGUGCCUUCCAGCUAUCAGCCUUCACUUUCCGAAAGAACUUGGCAGCCACUGUUCUCCUGCUGAUACUCUUUGGAUAUGCAACUCUACCUUGGAUGUAUCUUGUAUCCAGAUUCUUCUCAAGUUCAGAUGUAGCUUUUAUUUCCUACAUCUCCUUAAAUUUUGUGUUUGGCCUAUGUACCAUGCUGGUGACUCUCUUACCUCGCUUGUUAGCUAUAAUUUCCAAAGUGCAGAGUUUUCAGAACAUCUACAAUAUCCUCAAAUGGGCAUUCAUCAUAUUCCCACAAUUCUGCCUAGGCCAGGGCUUAAUAGAGCUUUCGUACAAUCAAAUCAAGUUUGACUUGACCAGGAACUUUGGAAUAGAUUCUUAUGUGAGCCCCUUUGAGAUGGAUUUCCUGGGCUGGAUUUUUGUGGCAAUGUCCCUUCAGGGAACACUACUACUUGUUUUACGUCUUUUCCUUCAUUGGGAUCUCCUCUGGAAACCAAGGGGUCAUUGCUCUGUUAACGACAUGGACAGCCCUUCAGAAGAUGUUGAUGUAGAAAUGGAGCGACAGAGACUCUUUGGUGGAAGAACUGGUAAUGAUGUCCUACUUCUGUACAACCUCAGGAAGUGUUAUGGUGGUUUCAGUAAGAAGAACACAGCUGUGGAAAACAUAAGCUUGGGCAUACCAAGGGGAGAGUGUUUUGGACUCCUGGGAACAAAUGGAGCUGGGAAAAGCACAACAUUUAAGAUGCUGACUGGAGAUAUCAUCCCAUCUGCAGGACGUGCUGUUAUCAGGACUCCUACUGGGUCAGAAAUGGAUAUACUCUCUGCUAGCUCUGAAGGUAUUCUUAUUGGAUAUUGUCCACAACAAGAUGCCCUGGAUGAACUUUUAACAGGUUGGGAGCAUCUUUAUUAUUACUGCACACUGCGUGGAAUUCCAAAGCAGAAUAUCCCACAGGCUGCAGAGGACCUUGUUGACCGCUUGCACCUCAACGCCCAUGCUGACAAACUGGUGAGAACAUACAGUGCUGGCACAAAGAGGAAGCUCUCUACUGCUGUGGCUUUAGUUGGUAAACCCCAAAUACUAUUACUGGAUGAGCCCAGCUCUGGGAUGGAUCCCUGCUCUAAACGCUACCUUUGGAAAGCUAUCCUGAAGGAAGUUCAGGAUGGCUGUGCAGCUGUGCUGACAUCCCACAGUAUGGAAGAAUGUGAAGCUCUCUGCACAAGGCUUGCUAUUAUGGUCAAUGGAGCUUUCAAGUGUCUUGGUUCUCCCCAGCACAUUAAAAACAGGUUUGGAGAGGGUUAUUCUGUCAAGGUUUGGCUUAGCAAAGAAAUAAGUUAUGGAAGAAUGAUUUUGGACUGUCUACAAAUGCAUUUUCCAGGAACACAGUUUAAGGGACAACAUCUUAACCUGCUUGAGUACCAUGUACCAAGAAGUCAGGGAUGCUUAGCAGAGCUCUUCAGAGUCCUAGAGAAUCACAAAGCUUUUCUCCAAAUCAAACACUACUCCAUUAGCCAAACCACAUUAGAGCAGGUAUUCAUUAAUUUUGCAACACAGCAACAAGGAGUCUCGCAUUCUUCACAAGGAUCUUCUGUUCAUCAUGAUCAUCUCCUAGUCUAGGCUCAGAACAGGAUACAGCUCCAACAUAACACAUAUAUUUGUGUUUGCAUAUGUACACACAAGCUACUUGCAAUAACUUUUCAACUCUGAACAAUUUGUGCAUGAGAAACAAAUAGUAGAAGGUGAGAGGUGAGUUUUCAUCUGUAGGCCAGAAGGAAUGGGACCAGUUCUUGGUAAAGCAAGAAACUGAUUAUAUGCAGACCAAAAAUCUGCCAAAAAGCAAUGUUUUCUUAAUUUAACUGGUAUUUUAAAAUACAAAUGGCCUAAUUAAUGCAGAGGAAAAAAAGGCUGAUCUGAAAUCUCAGUGUAUAGCAGAUUUUUUUUGGUGGUAGCUCUGCAUUCAUUUGAUUAUAUUACUUUCUUAUAUGCACACUUAAUAUCUAAUUUUUGCAUGAUGAGGCAAGAAAAAACAAUUGAAUGGUAGCAAUAGCUUGGCUAUCACCCUGUAUUUUUUAUUUAAUCACACAAAUUGAGAGCCUUUCAAUUUCUCUGUUAAUUCAGUUAUGUGUUGUGACAAGCUAAGUUAACCUUUUUAUUAUAUAAAGGAUGUACUGUAUCCCAUAAGUUUUAAGUUAUAGAGGCUAUUAGUCUACUAGCCUAGUCUGCCUCCAAGUUAUCUUAGGUAAAUUUAACAGGUUUUCAUAAAUCAUACUUGACAAUGAUCCUGAGCCUGCAGGUUGCUGCUGGAAGUGUUCUCAAGUACCUUUAUAAUGACCUAGUUUGUUUUUCUCAUCUUUUUAUUUCCUUUAUGUUCAAAAAGAAUGUCAAAAUGCUGGUUAAUGGGAAUGCUAAAGGAAGAUAAGAUAAAAAAUCAGACUGUGAUCAAUAAACUCAAUAAAUAUAUUAUGAUGCUAGAUAUUUCAGAUAAGGCCACAGUCUUCAGCCUAUACCUGUGUAAAAUAAAUGAACAUAUAAUGGAUAAAAA